AUGGUACGGAGUGACACAUGGCUGAAGACGAUCAAGCUAUGGCACAGAAGACUGGGUCACGUUUCGUAUGGUACGCUGAAUGCCACGGUCAAGGACGGAAGGAUCAAGGGCGCAACGGUGAAGACGAACUUUGCGUGUGACGUAUGCGCAACGUGUAAGCAAGUGCGCAAGUCAUUCAAGACAAGUGAAGAAGACGUUGAAACCACGGGGAGUUUGCGUUCCGACGUGGUGGUGUGCUCCGACGUUCUCGGACCUAUCACGCCAGCGACUAAGUCCGGUUUCAGUUACGCCGUAACCUUCAUCAUGAUGAAGAGCAGGUAUGUGACGGUCUAUCCGUUGCGAAAAAAGAGCGACGUUGCGAGUGCGUUCAAACGAUUUUACCAAGAUAUCAAGACAUCAUUUGGAACAAAGAUAAAGGUAUUGCGAAGUGACAACGGCGGCGAAUACCAGAACGAAACGAUGAACAACUUUUGCAAGGCGAAGUUCUUUAAGCAAGAGUUCACGGUUCCGUACAACACAGAGAAGAACGGGAUGGCGGAGCGGAUGAACCGCACGCUGGUCGAGAUGACGCGCUGCAUGCUCAAGAAAAGCGGUCUCGACAAGUCGUACUGGUGCGAGGCACUAAUGACAGCGGCAAACAUCAGAAACAUUCUGCCGAGCACGUCGAACAAGAACUUAAGCCCACACGAGAUGGUGUUCAAGAAGGUUCCGCGCAUCGAUCACAUGCGCGUGUUUGGUGCGCAAUGCUAUGCGCUUGUGGCGAAGGAAAAGAGGAAAAGCUGGACGACUUAG